UAUAUAUAUAUAUAUAUCUCUCUUUUUCAUAGUUUAAAAUGUCAAUUUUAAAAUUUGAAAGUGCUUAUUUAUUAGUCAUAACAUUUAUGUACAGUUUUUUUUUAAACAAUAACCAUGCAAAUACUUUCUAGAAGUAUUAAAAUAAAGUAUAUGUAAGAUUUACUUAAUUUUUUCAUACUUAUAAAAGCGAAAAUUAAUUCAAAGAAUAUGCACGAUUCAUGGUGUUUUAACGAAGGUUAAAAAAAAAGGUGUGUAUGAAAUAUUAAUUUUCUCAUUACCAUAGCGAGAUUAUAAUCAACAGAAUGCAUCAAGCUUUUUUAUAGCUGAAUUUUAUAGUUUAUCUUUUGUUUUUCUUUCCGAGAAAAAGGGAAGAUUUAUUGUACAAGAAAUUUAAUUAAAAAGAACAGACUUUAAGUGUACAUACUUUCAUGUCGUCCUAUUGAUACAUUUCGCAUGUAAACUAUGUGACAUAUGAAAUGUUCUUUGCAUGUGUGUAUGUACCGAUCAUGUCGCUGCAGCUGUGACAAGAGACAGUUGUGAAUGCAUGACAAGUCAAUAUUGGUGACAAAAUAACGGAGUAAUUUCUGCGCGCGCGUUCAAAACGCGCAUAUUCAUAGCAUUGAGAGCUUGUCAAUUCAUCGGUGGAAGUUUUUGGAGAGCCGCAAAAAUGUUGUCGCAGCAAGAGUCCACGCCGUACGAUAUGGCAUAUCGCGGCAAAACCGCAGCCGUGAAGAUUCUGCUGAACGAGAACGAGAAGCUGAAGACGCAAACGGACAGCAACGGUCGAAUGUUGAUGCACUGGGCGGCAUUAGGCGGCCACGACGAUCUGGUCAGACACUUGCUGUCCCUGGAUGUACCAGUAGAUCCAACGGAUGACACAAACAUGACUCCGCUGAUUCUGGCGGCGUCCGCUGGCCGCGAGAAGGUUGUUAACACGUUGCUGACCGAGGGAGCGAAUGUUAACGCGAUGACGAUCGAUGGUCACUCGGCGUUGCAGUACGCCGCGUCUAAAAACUGGAAGUCCAUCUGCAUGGCAUUGCUCGAGAGGGAUGCAGACGUGAACAUCGCGGACAAACGGGGUGCCACGCCUCUCCACAGAUCCGCCUCGAAAGGCAACAUCGCCAUCGUAGAGCUCCUCAUGGAGUACGGGAAGAAAUUGAACAUAGAUCAGAGAGACGCGUACGGCAACACACCGUUGCAUCUCGCUUGCGAGGAGGAUCGCGUGGAAGAAGCAAAACUGCUGACGGCGCACGGCGCGGACUUGAUGAUCACCAACAGAGAGCGCAAGACUCCGUUGGAUCUCGCGAGUCCUGGAUUAGUUCGACAGCUCCAGGAAAUCAAACAAAAGACUGCGUCAAAGUGAAAUGCUCCCUCGCGCAAAUUUGUUUUCGUCCGAGAGGUUUACGUGAUUUAAGUUUCGUUAAAUAAGUCUCCACAAUAAAUUUAUUCAUGAUUAA